GUCAUCAGAGAAGAGAGUGAGUGCAUUUGCCAUAAGCAAUGAUAGUCUAUUUGUUUGUUUUGCUGACAAAUUUGGAGUUGUUUGGUUUGUGGAUUUGGAUGGAUUUCAUGAAAAUCAAGCUUUAGCCGGUAACAAGGCAGAGCCAAUUCUUGCUCACUACUGUAGCAUCAUUACUAGCUUGGAAUUCUCGCUGGAUGGACGAUUCAUUAUUAGUGCUGAUCGGGAUUUUAAAAUUCGUGUUACCCUGUUUCCAAAGAAGCCUUUAGAUGGGGCUCAUGAGAUACAGAGCUUUUGCCUUGGUCAAUCUGAGUUUGCACAAGCUCUCUCUAUUGAACAUGGAAGGUUGCCCUGUUAGUGUAGCAUGCUUGGACUCUCUUGCAGGUAUAUAGACCAAUGAAGACUAACAGUGAACUCUCUCAUCAAUUUGAAUCAAUUUGAAUUUAACUCAUCCAAACUUGAAAUUUAUGUUACAAUCAGGAAUAGAUUUUUGAAAUGCAAUCUAGUAAAGUUCAAUAGUCUCUUACUUUGGUGAUAUCUUGAGUUGGGGAUAAUUUUCUUGGUAGUAAUUUGCCAUCUCUUGUAUAGUUGGAUCAAUCAUUAUAGCUCAACACCUCUUUCUCUGUUAAUAUCUUUGUUAAAACAUGAUUUGUGAAUAUGUUGUUUUGUGGUUAAUGGUGAUUGGAUAUUAAAUUGAAUGGGAAAGUGAACUAAUGUUGUAUUUGAUAUUUGAAUGAGAGUUAUUAUUUC